UGAGUAGUUCCACCCCCCAGAGGGAAAGAGAGAGGGAGGAAGAGAGAGUAUAGGAGGUGGGCUGUAACAGCGGGAGAGUCAAUAAUUUUAGCCCAGCCUACUGUAUACCACAAUACCAGGGAAGGAGAGAGGGAGUGAGGGUGAGGGUGAAUGAGAGUGACACCUCAGCCGAACUGUGUGUUUAGAGCUCUGCAAUCCCAGAGACAAGCACAGCUGAUGUGUGGAUUACCACAGCAAUUCUCACUGGAGCUGUUUUUGGAAAAUGGUGGGCUUCUCUUCCUCUUCAGCUGUUGAAGCCGCGAUGGAGUACCUGGUGAGUGAACUGAACGUGUUGCUGAAGCUGCUGGACCAUGAGAGUGUGAGCACAGCCACAGCAGAGAAGAUGAGUGUGAUCCGGAGCCUACUGGGGCAGCUGCAGCCAUCAGUGAAUGGAUCAGACUUCGUAUACAUGAAUACCUCCCUUUAUGGAAAUGGCACCAGCUUUGUGGAAUCUUUGUUUGAGGAAUUGGAUUGUGACCUGCAUGAGCUCAGAGCUUCCCCAGAAGAACUGAAGGAUCAGGUAGAUGAGAAAACCUCCAAAAUACCGCAGUCGAAAAGUCCCACUGACACCCCCCCUCCUCUGCCAACCACCCCUCCACCAGAGGACUACUAUGAGGAGGCAGUGCCCCUGGACCCUGGCACGGUGCCCCAGUACAUCACCAACAUCGCCACAUGCAUCAGCUCAAGUCCCCCAAAUUCCAUUGAAGAUGCAUACUAUGAAGACGCUGACGACAACUACCCCACCACCCGAAUCAAUGGCCCGCGCAAGAACUCCUAUGCUGAUUCAGAUGCGCUGAGCAGCUCCUAUGAGUCGUAUGAUGAGGAGGAUGAGGAGGCGAAGGGCCAGGACAGGACUCGGCGGUGGCAGUCAGAGGAGAACUCUGUGGGCCCCAUGAAGGACUGUCGCAUCUGUGCCUUCCUGCUGCGCAAGAAACGCUUCGGACAGUGGGCAAAACAGCUGACCGUUGUCCGUGACAACAGAUUACAGUGCUACAAGAGCAUCAAAGACAGCAGCCCACACAUUGAGCUGCCGCUGAACCUGUGUAACGUCAUCUACAUCCCCAAAGAGGCACGCCGCAAGAAGCACAAGCUGCGUUUCUCCCUGCCUGGGGGAGAGGCCUUGGUGCUUGCUGUCCAGAGCAAGGAACAGGCAGAGCGAUGGCUCAAGGUGAUCCGGGAGGUGGUCAGUCAGGCCAGCAGCAAUGACGGAUUAGAGGGCUCCUCCUCUCCAAUGAUCCAGAGGAAGAAAGAUCUGGACAAGUUACUAGGAGCUGACAAGCACACCUCCGACUCUGACAGCGUGGCCACUGGUGACAACCUGCCCUCUGGUCAGCUCCGGGACAACUGUGACCAAGGGAAGGGGAAGAGGGGGGCGUUUACAGAGCUGACAGGAUCUAUGAGCAGAGCGGCUGGACGGAAGAUCAACAGGAUCAUCAGUUUCUCUAAGAAGAAGCCUCCUCUCCCAGGAGACACUCUGACCUCUUCCUACCGUGACGACAAUCCCCGCUGUGGUUAUCUGAAUGUGCUUGUGAACCAGUGUUGGAGGGAGAGAUGGUGCUGUGUAAAGGGUGGAACACUGUACCUGCACAAAGAAAGGGGUGACCUGCGUACUCACAUCAGCACUGUGGUCCUCCAUGGGGCUGAGGUCGUACCUGGACUGGGGCCCAAGCACCCCUUCGCUUUCCGCAUCCUGCAAGGAGGCAACGAGGUGGCUGCAUUGGAGGCCAGCUGUUCAGAGGAGAUGGGCCGCUGGCUGGGGGUCCUGCUGGCAGAGUCUGGCUGCGCCACCACCCCAGAGGCCCUGCACUACGACUAUGUGGACGUGGACACCAUCACUAACAUCACAGACGCAGCAAGACACUCCUUCCUUUGGGCUACCUCCUCCAGUGGCGCCUCCACAGACACCAGAACCUAUGAUGAGGUUCCUUAUGAGGGUGUAUUGCAGCCAGAGGAGCCAGUACCCAGACCAGGAGCUCAGGUGAAACGCCACUCUUCUUUCUCCAGCAGCAGAGAGAUAGAGAAGGCGGAUUCCUUAGUCACCAUAAAGAGACACGGCUCCAAUGUGAAUCAGUAUGUAUCAGGGAAGUAUGGCAAAACACGAGCCGAGGAGGAUGCCAGAAGGUACCUGAAAGAGAAAGAACAGAUGGAGAAGGAGCGAGAGGUCAUAAAAAAUGCCCUACUCAUAUUACGCAAUGAUAGGAAAGAGGUGAAGGAACAACUGAAGGAUGUUACAGGUAAGCAGCAAAAGCAGCUAGAGAAGCGUUUGGCCCAGCUGGAGGAAAGCUGCAGGGGGAAGGAGGGGGAGCGGGUGGACCUGGAGCUGCGUCUCAAUGAGGUGAAGGAGAACCUAAAGAAGUCCCUGGCUGGAGGGGUGCUGGGUCCGCUCACAGAGAGCAAACCCCCCACUAGCAAACCACCCAGAAAGGUCCGCAUCAGUAAAGUUGACAACACAUACACUGAGGCAUCCAUGCCAGUCAACUGUGCUGCGGAGAUGCGGAAGUGCCCCCCAUCCAUCUGUUCAUCUAGCAAGGGGAACGUCAUGCAGAAAGCCAAGGAAUGGGAGUCCAAAAAGGGGACUUAGAGAGACACUGCUCAUUCAGAUGGUCAGUCAAAUGCUUGUUGUCUUGGAACAUGUUGGAGCUGAUUUGAAAAAGGAGGAGGGGUGAAGCUGGGACUCCAUUAUCUUCAACUUUUCCACUUCCCUCUUGAGAGCCAAAUAUUUACUGCACAUCGCUGAGCUGAGAAAAUUGUGACAGGGGAAGACAACUCUAGAAUUGUUGAAAAACAUAAUUCAAAGCCCUAUCAGUCACUAGGAAUCACUGAAUGCUCAUUCUGUGGCAUGACACUUGUUUUGUGAUCCAGUAAUUGCUUGUGUUGCAUGUGGUAUUGUUGUUCCUUCAGAGUGUGGAAGAGGAUAUGUUAUGAGGACUCCAUGUGGACACAUCAGGCUGGACUUGAGAUGUUGAGAGGAGAGAUUUUUAGAGGGUGAAUAUGCAUACACAUUAUGCACAUAUCUGCAAGAAUAGAUAAUAAAGGGAAAGAGAAUAUUGCAUUGACUGUGAGAGUUUGUUGUUGGAAUAGUUGCCUAAAAGAGAUACUGUUUCCCAUAGAAAUACCGUUUUAUGCUGUAUCCACUAUGUAAGUCAUUUCAAAACAUGCACUUUCAUGAAGUGCAUCAAACAUUAUUCCAGAUCUUGUUUUAAACAACUUGCUGGACCACAGACAGAAAAACAGACACAUUAUGACACCUGUAUAAAUGAAUUGUUAUGGAAAUGUGAGACUAAUUAUGUGACUAAACAAUGAUGUUUCCUUAUUACGUAAUUCACUCACUGUAAUGAGCCUUUUACUUCAAUUGGCUUGUGCACUUUACUUUAUUUCUAUGUGUAUUUUACAUAAAAGCUCUUCAUUGAAAUUGUCUGACUUUUUCAAACCUAUCUGAUGGUCAUGUCAUGGAAAGGAUAGCAGAGGGUGUGUGUGUGUGUGUGUGUGUGUGGCAGGAAGAACAUGUUAACCUCUCUUUGAUAGGGGAUAGUAUUUUCACGUCCGGAUGAAAAGCAUGCCCAAAGUAUGCCUGUUACUCAGGCCCAGAAGCUAGGAUAUGCAUAUAAUUGGUAGAUUUGGAUUGAAAACACUCGAAAGUUUCUACAACUGUUAAAACAAUGUCUGUGAGUAUAACAGAACUGAUAUGGCAGGCAAAACCCUGAGGACAAACCAUCCCCCCCCCCAAAAAAAGAAUUCAGCCUACCACUAUUUUCAAUGGCUGUCACUUUUAUUAUAAGGCAAAGUCCUCCCAGAUUGCAGUUCCUAGGGCUUCCAUUAGAUGUCAAUAGUCUUUAGAAAGAGUUUCAGGCUGGUUUUUGGAUAAAUGAGCCAGAAAUGCUCAACUUUCUAGGUGGCUCCCAUUUUGGCUGUAGUGUUUCCAAGCGUGUGAGUGAGAGCGCGUUCUUUGGCAUUUUGCUCCGGUAAAGACAAUAACGAAUCUCCGUCACAAAUUUGAUCAUUUAUUUAGGUAUUAGGGUACCUAAGGUUUGAUUAUAAACAUUGUUUAACUUGUUUGGAAAAGUUUAUUAGUAACGUUUGGGAUUCAUUUUGUAUGCAUUUUGAUGGAGGGAAACUGGGUGGAUUAUUGACUGAUGCACGCCAGCUAAACUGAGUUUUUAUGGAUAUAAAGAAGGACAUUAUCGAACAAAAGGACCAUAUGUGAUGUAACUGGGACCUUUUGGAGUGCCAACAGAAGAAGAUCAUCAAAGAUAAGGCAUUUAUUAUAUAUGACUUUCGUGUCGCACCUGCCUGGUUAAAAUAUGUUUUUCAUGGUUUUGUAUGCAGGGCGCUGUCCUCAGAUAAUCACAGGGUGUGCUUUCGCCGUAAAGCCUUUUUGAAAUCUGACACAGCGGCUGGAUUAACAAGAAGUUAAGCUUUAUUUUAAUGUAUUACACUUGUGAUUUUAUGAAAGUUUAAUAUUUAUAAUUCUGUAGUUUGAAUUUCGCGCUCUGCAAUUUCACUGGAUGUUGUUUUUACGCCUGUAAUAGACUAUUGGAGAAUUAAUUGAAAGAAUGAUGAUGGGAUGACACACCUCCACCAGUUGGGUCCUUGCUAUCCGGUAUCCUUGGGAUGCCCCUACCCUAUUGAAGUUCAAAUUGAAAAUGCGAUAGUGUAUGGCUGCGAGAAGCUUCAUCAAUACCUGUAUUUCAUCAAUACCAGAUCCAGGUGGAAUCAGACCACAAGCCCUUGGAAACAAGGAAUCUUCAAGAAGUUGUUCUAGAAAGUACCAUGCUAGACUGCAGAGAAUGCUGAUAAGUCUACAGAGACAGAGUCUACAUGUGACAUACAAACCAGGAAAGGAGAUGCACAUUGCUGAUGCACUGAGCCGAGCACACCUGAAGGAACAGAGAGAAAUUGCUGGAUGUAAACUACAUCGCUCAUCAACUUCCUGUGUCAGAAGAGAAAUGGCAGCAAUUCAAAACAGCACCAGAAGAAGAUGAAGAGUUAAGACUGGUCACAGAAACAGUUACGAAAUGAUAGCAAGACAUGAGAGAGAAAGUUGCAAAGAAAAUAAAGCACUAAUGGACCUUCAGUGAGGACUUGACAUACUCAGAUGGACUGCUGUUCAAAAGUUCAAAACCUGUCGUUCCUCAGAAAAUGAGAGAAGAAAUUAUGGGAAAAAAUCCAUGAAGCACACAUGGGAAUCGUGAAAUGUAAGGAACCAGCAAGGGAUGUUCUGUUCUGGCCAGGCAUGGCUAAACAGAUGAAUGUGCAGUCUGCAACACACACACAAACAACAACCAAAGGGAGCUUGUCUCAUCCAGUCCCAGAGAGAGCUUGGGCCAAAGUUGGAGUGGACCUCCUCCAUUACAACGACGCAUGUGUGGAUAACUACACAAAAUACCCAGAAAUCUUCAAGCUCAGUGGAACAACAAGUAAACACGUAAUUACGGCACUAAAGUCAAUCUUUGCAAGGCAUGGGGUGCCUGACGUUUUGUUCUCCGACAAUGGAAGACAGUUGGUGAGUCAAUAAAUGUCAGAGUUCUCUACCAGCUGGGAGUUCACGCCGAGCCCUAGAUUUCCACAGUCAAAUGGCCAAGCUGAGAGAACAGUUCAGACUGUGAAAACCUGUACAAAAAAGCACAAGACAGCAAUGGAAAUCCUUACAUAGCUCUCCUUCAACUACAGAAACACACCCCUGGACGGAGUAGGUCUCUCACCUGCACAACUAAUAAUGGGAAGAAGGCUGAAGGCAAAGAUUACGGAUUCAAAGAGAUUGUUAAAGCAUGUCAGGAGCCGUCUCACAAGCAGACAACAGAGACAAAAACACUACUUUGACCAAGGCACUCGUAAGCUUUCGUUCAUGAAGGAAGGAGAACAAGUAAGGAUCAGACAAGUCAACAAAUUGCAACCCGCAAUUGCACUUGGAAAACGUGACCAGCCAAGGUCAUACAUAGUACAAAAACCAAAACGAAUCUACAGAAUGAACCAGAAAUACCUGUUACAAACCCAUGAAACAACACACUCAGAAACCAUAAUGGACUUACCUUAUCUGGUGGAAAGAGAACCUGAAACAAGUGUCAGCCUGGAGGAAAUCUACUCACCUGUGUGUUCUCCAGCACCAACAACACCAAAACAAACAGUGCAAAGCAACAAUGUAAACGCUGACACACUGUCACGCCCUGGUCUAUAUUUAUUAUGUUUAUCUUCAUUUAUUGGGUCAGGCCAGGGUGUGACAUGGGUUUAUUUGUGGUGUGUUUCGUCUUGGGGUUGUGUGGGGUGUAUAGCAUAGUCAUUGGCUGCCUGAGGCGGUUCUCAAUCAGAGUCAGGUGAUUAUCGUUGUCUCUGAUUGGGAACCAUAUUUAGGUAGCCAUAUUCUUUGUGUGUUUCGUGGGUGAUUGUCCUUAGUGUCCUUGUUCCUGUCGCUGUGUUAGUUUACACUAGUAUAGGCUGUUUCGGUUUUCGUUACGUUCAUUACGUUCUUGUUUUGUAUUGAUUCGUGUUUACGUUUUUUCAUUAAACAUGGAUCGCAAUCUACACGCUG